AUGCCUCCUCGUCGGGCCCAUACAAAAAGCCGCAGUGGAUGCGAUCAGUGUAAGAGGCGGCGUGUUAAGGUCAGUGGAACCUUCUCCGGUGGAAUAUCAAUUCCUAACGGGCGCAGUGUGACGAAACGGGCCCCCCCUUGCACGAAUUGUAUUUCCCGGGAACUCGACUGCACAUACGUGAAAGCUUCACCGAAGGAUGCGUCUAGUCUCAGUCGACAGGCUAUUGAUUUGCCGGUGGCCGCUCGAGAGAAAGGUCCCGUCACUCAACGGUCUCUAGCUCCGGGCAGUCCAGCCUCCCCCUCCGCCGGGUCCGGCGUGCGAGAGCUGGAGCUAAUGCAUCGUUUUGCCACGGAUACAUACCGAAGCAUCAGCACGAGCGAGUCAGAAAUGCAGGUGUGGCAGAUCCAUGUCCCGCGUUUGGCUUUGCGGUUUGAGUUCCUCAUGAACGGCAUAUUGGCGCUAGCGGCAUUGCACAUCGCUUCCACCUUGGAACCGCCAGCAUCAUUCGUAUACAUGGACACCGCUUUGCACUAUCAUAAUCUCACAUUUGCUCCAUUCCGUGCCUCCAUUGACCACCUGACCGAACAGAAUUGCGAAGCGGUGCUAGCACAGUCUAUUAUUACUACAGUCUUCGGCAUUGCCCUGCCGCGGGUUACGGCUGCGCGUGGAGAAAGCUCCAAUAUGACGGAAAAUAUUGUCGUUUUGUUUGAACUUCUUCAAGGCGUCAAGAAUAUAAUCACCAUUGGCCAGCCUUGGAUUAAACUUAACUUAUACCCACACCAAAAGGGAUUUAAGAGUGACGGUCCAACACUAGAUAGUGUGACUGAAGCUGCUCUGGAUCGACUGGCCGUGCUGAACGAUGAGACCCUUUCCAGUAUUGAUACAGACCAGUAUCGGAUCAACAAAGAUGUCAUAGCUCAUCUGCACCACUGCUUCACGAUGUACAGCAUUGACGGAGGGCCGGCAAAUGCUCUCGCUUGGCUAGCUGCUGUCGACAAAGAGUUUGUGGAUAACGUGCGGCGCCGCCAGCCAUUGGCCCUUCUGAUUCUCAUGCACUGGGGUGUGCUGCUCUGGGAACUAGAUGGCCAAUGGUGGUGGGCCCGCAACUCAGGCCGGGCACUUGUCUCAGAGCUUUUGCUCAUCUUGCAACCGGGAAAUGCUCGCUGGGCGGAUUCACUGGCCUGGCCUCGGCAAAAGAUGGGUCUUUAA